AGAUUUAUAUGGAUAGGCCUUAGCACUUUAUUUAACCUUGUCGUCAUUUCUAGGAAUCAAUUUGAUUACGUAAUAUCUUCUUGACUGAUAUGGAGGUCAGUCAGCCUAUUAUAUCUUACUUGUCAAAUCAUUGUUCAAAAAGAGAAAAAAGAGAGCGUCCAAGUAGAUAAGACGCGAGAGUGUCAAUAAACGUUGACAUAUAAUGCAGGCAAACCUGUGUGAAUAGGAUAAGCUAUGUGAUAAAACAGCAGAGUUAUCUGUUAGUGUUAUUAGAAACGUUUAAUAGGUUGAUUCUAUUUACGAUUCGGAAAGUUUACAUCUAUCUAUUUUUACAUAUCUAGUUUGUGUUCCAUUGACUGUUAAAGAUCUACUGUGUAUACGUGCGUAGAUAACAACUAGGUCGAUAUAAGAAGUGUUGAUACUGACUGAGACAGAGAUUACCUCGUAGCUGCGUACUUGUUCUGAUAGUACACUAUUCGCGUUUUUCUUACUUGUCGAUUAAAUGGAUAAUUGUAGCGGUUAAUUCUGGAUAUGUGUAACAGGAAUGUGAAUUGAUAGAAUAUCGAAUAGAUUGUUAUGUUCUCUAUUGAGAGAAUACCAGAUAGUGAAGGGUCUACUAUAAAAUUAGGGGUGGUAGAUGAAGGCUACACAGCACCAUGGCCCGUUAUGGCAGAACAGGCCAAUCGAGUUCUAAAUCUAACAUUUAAUUCCAAUGACGUCAUUCUAGCUGGUUAUGCUAAAUCUGGAACACAUUGGGUUUGGGAAAUCUUAUCUAUGUUAAUGAAAGGUAGAGCAGAGCCAACUCAAUCCACCAAAGAAAUGCUCAUGUUUAGUUUCGGAACACAAGAAGGAUUUGAUCAAAUUCCUUCACCUCGGAUAUUUAAUAGCCAUGCUCCUUAUAAUGGAAUGCCUUAUGUGUUAAGACCGAACGUGUGUAAGGCCAAAAUAAUAUACCUCUUAAGAAAUCCUAAAGACGUUUGCGUGUCAUUUUACCACCAUCUUCGUUGUGCAAAAGAUUUUGAUUACCACGGGUCAUGGAAUGGUUUUUAUUCGCUAUUUAUUCAGGGAAAGCUUCCUGGUGGUUCGUGGUUUGAUCACAUUGUGGGCUGGCAAGAAGCGAUAGAGUCUACAACAGAUAGUCCUAUAUUACCAGUAUUUUAUGAAGAUCUCAAGCAGAACUGUAGUUAUCAGAUUAAAAGAAUGUCUGAGUUUCUAGGGUUUAAUUAUAAUAAUGAUUUAUUCGAAGAAAUAACUGAAAAAUGUAAGCUGGAAAAUAUGAGAGCAAACGACCAGAAGUUGAAAGAACAAUAUCCUUUACACACAUCUGAAGAUGGUAACAACUUUAUAUUUAGGAAAGGUAUUGUCGGUGAUUGGAAAAAUUGGUUUACAGUUUCACAAAAUGAGGAGUUUGACCAAAUCACCCAAAAACGAUUACGUGGAACGAACUUAAAAUUUCUAUAUUCCAUAGAUGAUAAACAAAACUUUCAAAAUUGAGAUCUACCUAUUUACUUAAGUGUUACCGGUGACCUCUUGUCGUUAGACCACAGACUGGGAUAAUCCAUUUAUCAGAUUUCCCAAAUGUCCAUUUCCUUUUGAAACUUGUUAUUCUUUUAUACCCCGUUAAGAUUUAAUGUUUUUAUUGACGAUAAUAUGCCUUAGUUGAAGGUCUAAUUAACUUAAAGAAUUGCCCAAAGCUUCUGAAAGAAAGUGAUACGUGAUCUUGUAAAAAUAAGAAAGUGACUCUUGCUCUAUUCUCGGGGGAAAUAUAAGGGCGUUUCAACACAAAGUUGUAUGGAGUUGCCCCGGCUAGUGAGAAAUACCUGUUACCGAAUCAAACCUUCGUUAUCAAUAAAAUACAGAGGAAUAACUUGCUUUACUGUUUGGUUAGUUUCAAAAUCUAGCAAAUUAGACACAAGUAUAUAACGACAAGCAUAAUUUGUUAUUGGAUAUAAUAUGUAUUAUUACUUUAUAGAAAAUAUUCUGGGGCAAGGACAAUUCUUGGGAAUACCAUAUUCUCAUUUUUAAUCAAUCGAUUGUUAUUACAAGACCACGGGAACGUUUGGGUUUGUUUGUUUUAUUUCGACUUGAUCAUGAGAACGUAUAGAAACUCAUGGCCUUAAAUUUGCUAAAUCUACAAUAAAAACAAAACCCCACGAAGAAUUUAGAUGUCUGUUGUACGACGGCCAAAACGUUUGACUGUAGUAAUCAAACCAGGUGAACAUAUCAUGCCUUUUAUCAACCUUUGUGUGGUGAUAGGGUCCGAAUUUUAUUAUAUAUAUAUUAGAUUGUGUUGUAAGAAACUGGAUCAAAUAACUAACUUCUUUGAUCAUUUUAGUUUCGGGGGUACGCUCUUCUUGAAUUUAUUAAUAUUGAUAAUGGACGAGAGCCAAGAUGGCUGACAGUAGGAAUCACACAAAACGAUGAUCAUUUCAUGACUUGACAAUAUUUAUAAGGUUUUGCUAUUGUCUUUCAUGUAGAUUAAGGUUAAGAUUCAGGAUUAAAUAACUAACAGUUUAGGAUCCUGCAGGUUCUUUGUUCGUUUUAUGUACGAAGGGGAAGUAACACUUUUCUGGAUAUAUUUUAAUUUAUUAAUGUUGACAAUGAACGAAAUCCGUUUAUGUUUUGUGCCAACUUGAGGAUAGCAUCCCGUGUUUUUGGGUCCUAUACAUCAACAGCACAAUAGGGAUCAACCCUCAACGUCGCCUAUAACAUAUACAAGUUUAAUUUUACCAGAGGUUGUGAUAUAAUAUAUCUAACUACUAACAAUUUAAUAUACAUGUAAAUCUCCUUUAAUCACCAUUUCAUAUUUCAUGCUAAGCAUAUAGUUUCGUGGAUCAUAUGUUGUCGCCGUUUUUAGCUCAGUAUUAGACUUGAUUACAUAUCCAAUAAUAAAUGUCUAUUUGUACACCCCCCAUCCUCGUCUAAAAAUAACGUUCACAAUUAUAUUAUUUUCAGAUGUAAAUAAUGUCUCAUAUUAACAAAGUUAUUAAAAUCUACAGCUUAAGAUGUGGCUUGUAAACCAUCUCCAAAUAAUUCAAAUUCCCUAUUUUUGCAUUCAAUAUCCGCUACUCUAAAUCCAUAUUGAAAUUAUGGUUGAGCAUUUGCCCUGUUUGUGUUAAAAUCCCAAACUUUCAUAGUGAUAAAUCUAACGUCCAUUUAAAUGCAAAAUGGUUAUACUGUAUUUUGUUGUGUUUGUAAAACAUAUUCCGAUUAAAUCAUCGAAUAAAGAAAUUAUUCUGUC